UGAUCUUCUAAACAACAUGUCUGGACUCAAUAACAUUAAGCUUUAUUACUUUGGUGAACUCAACGGAAAGACUACCUUUGGUCGUGGUGAAUACAUUCGCUUGUUUCUCAAAGAUGCAGGUGUAGACUUUGAAUACGUCAGAUGUAGUUUCGAAGAAUGGGGAGCACAAAAGCAAAAAUUGUCAGCUCAAGGCGUCCUUAAGCCAACCAUGCCCUACAUCACUAUUGAUGGCAAGUAUUAUGGUAAGACCGCACCUAUCAUGCGCUUUAUUUCCAAAAAACUUGGCAAGUAUCAGGGCAAAGACGAAGACGAAGCACAAUUGGUAGAUGCCUAUGCUGAUUCUUUGUUGGACGAUAUCUUUCGUUGGGUAGCGGCCAGUUUUGGUGGAAUUGAACAGCUAACUAAAAAAUACAACAACACUGACCGUCCUCAAUCACUUCAAAGUUACGAACAAGUCUUGGGUGGCAAUCAAGGACCUUAUUUGCUUGGUGAAGAAGUAUCCUAUGCUGAUUUCCUUCUUUAUCACUACUUGGAAGACGAUGGUUUUGUCUUUGAAGCCUCAGAUUUGAAGUCUACUCACCCUCACUUGGCUACUUUUAUCGAAGCUAUCCAAAGUAGACCCAACCUCAAGAAAUACCUUGCUACUGACAGAAAAUAAAUAAAUAAAGUUAACAAAUUAAAAUAAUCUAAUCUGGG